CACUGAUUUUGAAGAUGGAAGUUACAAGGAUUUGUGGGUCUUUCUGUCCACUUGUGCAAUUAUACAGCCGAAUAGGACUGACUGGCAGGUGAGAAAAUUUAAAGUUCGAUGACGAUCUUGUUUUCUUGUUUCAGUACCAAACCAAGUCAAAACGCGAACCCGAACGCAAACACCAAAAGAAGAAGCAGAACAACGACGGACCAAAACCCCAAUCCCUUGCCCAUACCCAUAGCAAGAAGCUAAAAAGCUUCCUCUUCCAGCGCAUGGUUAUGGCUAUGGCUAGCGGAAGGAGUUCAGGCUCAAGUCUCUCAAAGAUUGCAUCAUAGCUAGAGCUAAAAUCUUAAACCCAAUUCCCAAAUUCCCAAAUCUCAAUUCCCAAAUUUUUUUCUUUUGUUGUAUAUGAUAUGAAUCGUGGCCAUUUCGGAUUCUGUGUUCAUAAUAAUCAUCAUAAAUAGAUGUACUCCAGUAAUCUCACAGGAUUCAUUCUGGCUGUGGUCUCUAGCGCCUUCAUUGGUUCCAGCUUCAUUAUCAAGAAGAAGGGUCUCAGGAAGGCUGGGGUUAAUGGCCCUCGUGCCAGUGUUGGAGGAUAUGGUUACUUGUUAGAGCCGCUUUGGUGGGUGGGAAUGAUUACCAUGAUUAUUGGAGAGAUAGCCAAUUUCGUAGCAUAUAUUUAUGCCCCUGCUGUGCUUGUGACGCCGCUUGGUGCAUUAAGUAUUAUAGUUAGCGCUGUUUUGGCACAUAUUUUGUUGAACGAGAAGCUUCAGAGAAUGGGGAUGCUGGGCUGUCUUCUAUGUAUAGUAGGUUCCACAAUGAUUGUGCUACAUGCACCUGAAGAACGUUCUCUUUCUUCUGUCGAAGAAAUCUGGGAAUUAGCAAUCCAACCGGCAUUUCUUUUGUAUACAGCCUCAGCAGUAGCUGUUGCAUUAGUACUGAUUUUAUAUUGUGCACCCCGCUAUGGCCAAACCAAUAUAAUGGUUUAUAUAGGCAUUUGCUCUGUAAUUGGAUCAUUGACAGUCAUGAGUAUAAAAGCCAUUGGCAUUGCAAUAAAACUUACAUUAGAGGGAACAAACCAGCUAAUAUACUUCCAGACAUGGAUUUUUGCUAUGGUUGCUAUCAGCUGUAUCAUCACUCAGUUAAAUUAUUUAAACAUGGCAUUGGAUAAUUUUAAUACAGCCAUUGUUUCUCCUAUCUAUUAUGCUAUGUUCACAUCGUUUACAAUAUUUGCCAGUGCGAUAAUGUUUAAGGAUUAUGCUGGUCAAAGUGCAAGCAACAUAGCAUCAGAGCUUUGUGGGUUCAUCACUGUGUUAUCUGGGACUGCUGUAUUGCAUAGUACAAGAGAGCCAGACCCACCAUUCAUUACAGAUUUAUAUACGCCGAUAUCGCCGAAAGUAUCUUGGUCCAUUCAAGGCAAUGGGGAAUGGAAACAGAAGGAUGAAGAUGGGUCAUCCUCUAAUUUCAUCUCCAUUCUUCAGCAAGACUAUUUUAAGUGACUUCUGGGGAAUUUGAGUUUAGUCUGUACUUCAAACCCACCAUUAUAGCUUGAAAAGCUUAAUAGCCUCUAGUUUAUUCAAAAUUUCUUUGGGUUGAGAAGCUUUGUGGCUCUUGAAUUUGCUUGUUAUGGAAAACAAAAUGCAGUAAAUUCGUGCAGUCUCCGGUCUACCUACCUGUCGCCAUUUCUCUAAAUUUCUUGGGGAAAGUUUUGAGUGCAAUCUUGUGCAGUAGUUAAGAUAGCCUUUAAGUUGUAGGAAAUUAUUUGUGCUUUUCUAGCCCCACUAUUGGCCGACUUUAGUCGCAUACCAUUUCUUUGUACUACAUUAACCCAUAUAUUUGCUCAAUGUAAUUUAAUUAAUUUGAUUUGCACAGCGAAA